UUUUGACGACAUGCGGCUUCCGUAGGCAACGGUCAGCUGACUGGGACAAAAACAAGCUAGCUAGUUUUCGCAGCAACGGAAAUCACCUCAGUAUAUACAUUCAGGCUCAGGCAUCAGCAUGAAGAAGAGCAAAGGGAAAGCAAGCAGUUCCACCAAAAAGGAGUUUGUGUUUGAUUUCAGGGCAGGAAAAUACAACUGUGUCCUUAAGGUGCCCCUACAGUUUCCUGCCCAGGUCAACGUCAGUGACCUUCACGGACGACUCAUGAUGCUUCAUAAAAUACCAUGUUUCAUUGAAAACGAGCUUAAAGUCUCCCUUUUCAACUUCAUUGAGAAAGAAACCCUUCUGGAAUAUGAGCGAGAGGCCGAGCUGGCCCUGCAGAGACUCUCAACCGGAGAAGUGGAUGUAAACCACCUCGCCAGCGCAUGGAGCAGGUCGUAUGUGGAGACGACACUGGAGCACGCUCGCCCUGAAGAGCCCAGCUGGGAUGAAGACUUUGCUGACGUUUACCAUGAACUGAUCCACUCUCCUGCCUCAGAUACUCUCCUUAACCUGGAGCACAACUAUUUCGUUAGCAUCUCUGAGCUCAUCAGUGAGAGAGACAUGGAGAUCAAGAAGCUACAAGAAAGGCAAGCGGCAGAAAUGGACAAAGUGAUGCACGAGCUGGGGAGUACUCUGAGUGACCAUGAUGUAAAUGCAGUUGCUUCUCAACAUUUUGAUGCUCAGCAGGUUUUGGAGAACAAGUGGAGUACUGAGCUGCAGCAAGUGACGACCAUUCAGAAGCAGGAAUAUCAAGAGUGGGUCAUCAAGCUGCACCAGGAUCUGCAGAAAUCCAACAACAGCAGCCAAAUCAAUGAGGAGAUAAAGGUUCAGCCCAGCCAGCUGUCAGAAGCUGCAGAUUCGGGGGUGAGGAUGUUUGAGGAGCAGCCUCAGCUGGAGGAAAGCUUCACUAUCCACUUAGGGGCGCAGCUGAAGACGAUGCAUAACCUGCGGCUGGUCCGAGCAGAAGUGCUGGAUUUCUGCAAACACCGGCGAUACGGCAGCAGCGGAGCAAAGCUGCGGCGCCUGCAGACGGCGCUGUCGCUGUACUCGUCCUCGCUCUGCGGGCUGGUGCUGCUGGUGGACAACAGAGUCAACUCCUACAGUGGCAUCAAGAGAGACUUUGCGACGGUGGCCAAGGAGUGCACGGACUUCCACUUUCUGAGUCUGGAGGAGCAGCUGGAGGAGGUGCAGCAGGUGGUGCUCUAUGCCAGGGCUCAGCGCAGCAGCAAGCCCAAAGACCAGCCCGAAAUUCAAAAGAAUGGAGGUGACGAAAAGAACAAAAGCUUUGAAAGAAAUUCCUCAAAUAUAUUACCAGGCGAGUUCUACAUCACACGACAUUCCAACCUGUCAGAGGCUCACGUUGUCUUUCAUAUGUGUGUGGACGACAACGUCCGCUCGGGCAACAUCACGGCGCGCGACCCCGCCAUCAUGGGCUUGAGGAACAUCCUGAAGGUCUGCUGCACGCAUGACAUCACGACCAUCACCAUCCCCCUGCUGCUGGUGCAUGACAUGUCCGAGGAGAUGACUAUCCCUUGGUGUCUCAAGAGGGCCGAGCUGGUGUUCAAAUGUGUCAAAGGUUUUAUGAUGGAAAUGGCAUCGUGGGAUGGAGGUAUAUCACGCACGGUCCAGUUUGUGGUGCCAAAGAGUAUCUCAGAGGAGAUGUUCUACCAGCUGAGCAACAUGCUACCUCAGAUCUUCAGAGUCUCCUCGACACUCACCCUCACUUCAAAGCGCUGAUGAUGUCUUCACAAGCAGGACUCAGUCUUAUUGAUUCUAGAGGAAACACCGACAUGCACUGGAGUUAUGCUCUUGGAAUCUAAGAUAUUUGUCAAAUAGCAAAUUAAAUGUGACUAUUAGAAAACAAAAAUGUUAUAUGUUGGAUUUAUAGCACUAACCGCGACGGUGCAAACAAAGAGAAUACAGGAGAGAACUCCUUUUUCCUCCUCCGGUGGGACUUUUCAAAGAUGAUUGGACUCUCUGGCUCACCAAAAGCAGCUACUGCAAUUAUCUUUUUUUUCUCUCUAGAGUGCAACUUUGAUGACAAUAUCAUAUCACAUCAGCUGCAAGUAUUCCAGUUUUGCUAAGGAGCAGUAAUUUGUCGCCAGUUUCUAUUCACAGUACAGUUAAGCAAAGGAUUUACCUUUGGGUUUGAGCACUAAAAAGAUGCAAAACAAGCAAGCAACUACAAAAAAAAACCCUCUACUACGUUUUGAUUGUAUGCAAUUCAAUAAAUCUGAGGAACAUUUAGGUCCAGUUGUGUUAUGUACUGAAAUCCACCAUAGAAGUAUUUUAUUUUUUAUUACAAAGAAUCUUGUAUGUGAACGGCCUCUAAUCCCAUUCAUCUGUUUAUGAACGCCUUCGUGAAAGAGGACAGCCCUUUUCAUCCACGUAGCAGAUUACUCUGUUUAAUAUCACGCUUGAUUGGCGUUGUGUAGAAUUUGAGGCCUUCCUCACGCUGCCAUAAAGACCAGUUUCUUUCCUCCCCAAACGAGAUGUUACUGGGCAAUUAUUAGUUUUUGCUGUUUUAACGGUACGUCACAAAGGCUGUGACAAAAUAUUCUCUUUGAAUGUGGAACAUUCUGGUAUGCAGCCCCUUUCUUCUGCCUGUGCAGCAGCAGAUGACACUGUUCUUAAUCCCAUCACUUCCAUUAAACAUUAGGGUUAGGGUUAACAGCAACGUUUGUUAUUGUUCUUUCAGGAGGUUUGUGUCAAAUAAAUUUGCUUUUUGAUGGAUUUUUUUUUAACUUUGUUUAAAUAAAAAACUGCAAUUUUGUGUUUU